GCUGUCGUCACAUCCGGCGCCAGGCCUCCCGAUUCCGGAAGGGGCUGCACAGUUGUGGCGGCAGGUUCUGCGUUGGUGCUUAGUGUUCACUGCUGGACGUGGGCUACACGGCAGCAUCAUGGUGGAGGAGGUACAGAAACAUUCUGUGCACACACUUGUGUUCAGGUCAUUAAAGAGGACUCAUGACAUGUUUGUAGCUGAUAACGGAAAACCUGUGCCUUUGGAUGAAGAGAGUCACAAACGAAAAAUGGCAAUCAAGCUUCGUAAUGAAUAUGGGCCUGUGUUGCAUAUGCCUACUUCAAAAGAAAAUUUUAAAGAGAAGGGCCCUCAGAAUGCAGCGGAUUCAUAUGGUCAUAAACAGUAUCCUGCCAAUCAAGGACAAGACGUUGAAUAUUUGGUGACAGGUACACAUCCAUAUCCACCAGGACCUGGGGUUGCUUUGACAGCAGAUACUAAGAUCCAGAGAAUGCCAAGUGAGUCAGCUGCACAGUCCUUAGCUGUGGCAUUACCUUCUUCUCAGGCCAGGGCUGAUGCAAAUCGUACUGCACCUGGUGGAAAUGAAUACCGACUUCCUGGGGCUCCUGACCGUUCACAGCCUGCAGCAAUGAAUUCGAUUGUCAUGGAGGCUGGCAAUAGCAAGAACUCUGCACUGAUGGCUAAAAAAGCCCCUACGAUGCCAAAACCCCAGUGGCACCCACCGUGGAAACUCUACAGGGUGAUCAGUGGGCAUCUUGGCUGGGUUCGAUGUAUUGCUGUGGAACCUGGAAAUCAGUGGUUUGUGACUGGAUCUGCUGACAGAACUAUAAAGAUCUGGGACUUGGCUAGUGGCAAAUUGAAACUGUCAUUGACUGGGCAUAUUAGUACAGUGCGGGGCGUGAUAGUUAGCACAAGGAGCCCCUACCUGUUCUCUUGUGGAGAAGACAAGCAAGUAAAAUGCUGGGAUCUUGAAUAUAAUAAGGUUAUAAGGCACUACCAUGGACAUCUAAGUGCGGUGUAUGGUUUGGAUUUGCACCCAACAAUCGAUGUGCUGGUAACCUGUAGUCGAGAUUCAACUGCUCGGAUUUGGGAUGUGAGAACUAAAGCCAGUGUACACACAUUAUCUGGGCAUACAAAUGCAGUUGCUACAGUGAGGUGUCAAGCUGCAGAACCACAGAUUAUUACAGGAAGCCAUGACACUACAAUACGAUUAUGGGAUUUGGUGGCUGGAAAAACAAGAGUGACAUUAACAAAUCACAAAAAAUCAGUCCGGGCUGUGGUUUUACAUCCAAGGCAUUACACAUUUGCAUCUGGUUCUCCAGAUAACAUAAAGCAGUGGAAAUUCCCUGAUGGAAGUUUCAUUCAAAAUCUUUCCGGUCAUAAUGCUAUUAUUAACACACUGACAGUAAAUUCUGAUGGAGUACUUGUAUCUGGAGCUGAUAAUGGCACUAUGCAUCUUUGGGACUGGAGAACUGGCUACAAUUUUCAACGAGUUCAUGCAGCUGUGCAGCCUGGGUCUUUGGACAGUGAAUCAGGAAUAUUUGCCUGUGCUUUUGAUCAGUCUGAGAGUCGAUUACUAACAGCUGAAGCUGAUAAAACCAUCAAAGUGUACAAAGAGGAUGAUACAGCGACAGAAGAAACUCAUCCAGUCAGCUGGAAACCAGAGAUUAUCAAGAGAAAGAGAUUUUAAUGUGGCAUUGUCUUUUUUUUUUUUUUUUUUUUUUUUUUAAGCUUGGCGUUGAUGAGGGUAUCCAGUCAUUUUGUGCUCUGGCUGGGAAUAUAAAGCAGAAACUCACUUGCUUGAAUCAUUGCUGCUUCAUAUUUUACAAUAAACUGUCCCCUUCCCCUCACCCCCCGUGUUUUUAUUUCUAAAAUAAACAGUUUGUGAUACUGGGAAGUAAGAUGCAGAUAUCAAGCAAAUGCAGGUUUAUUGAACAUAACUAUUCUAACAGUAGAAUAUUUUGACCCUUUUUAAAAAAUGUACAAAACUAUUAUAAUAAGACAUGUUUUAAUGGGAGUAGUGGUUAAUCCUUUAAAAACUAAUAUCUGUGACUGAUAAUUUGGGAUUAGAAGAUUCAAAGUCUUAAUUUAAUUUUUGUAUGUUUAUUCCAAAAACAGUUUUUGAGUGCAUGUUCUGCAAAGUUCUGUACUAAAUACUGUUCAGGAAAUAGACGAAUAAGAUGUAUCCGUCCUCUAAUACUUCCAGUUUUGUAGCAGACUAUAGGAAUGCCAUAGUAGAGGUACAAGUAAAAUGCUGGGGGCACAAAGGAUGAGACCAUUCGUUUUUCCCAGGGAGGUCUGUGGAAGACUUGAUAGAGUAAGUGGCAUUGGAGCUGACCUUGAAGUGAAAGAGAGGACAAAAGGAAAAGGGUAUCCUAAGAUGUGGUCUAAAGUGAUGAACCCAGACACAAGAAAGUGUAUGGUGUGUUCUAGGACAAAGAAUUGCCUGCUAUAGUUGAGUAAUGAGUAGAUAAGCUGGCUUGUGGUGGGGAAAGCUCAUGUAUUAAAUUUGGAUUUUAUUCCACAAGCAGUAGGAUACCAGUACUGGUAUUGAGACUUGGGGAAAAUAACUCUGGCAAUACCAGUGGAGCUAUUUAAAGCUGUCGCAAAGUCUGCAGUCUUGUGGAGAUUUUCUAGAAAAGUGUUUCUAAUGCCUAUGCCUCCUGGUAAAUACGAGUUUUAUAAAUCCUGCCCUUGGGAUCCUGGUUCCCCAUCAGUCAAGAUUUGUCUAACUUCACAGUCUAUAAUUAGAAAACACAGUUACAAGAAUAAUCAUUUUUUAAAAUUUUCCAAAUUAAAAAAUUGCACCAUGAUUGUGAACAGGCAUUUCCAAUUACACUUAUCCCAUCUUGCAUGCUGUAGGUGGGAGUAUAAUUGUUACAGCCUUUAGGUGUGUAGUUGUCUGGAGCUUAUCGAAAAUGUUUGAAUCCUUUGGCCUACUAACUUCAUUUCUAGGAAGCUGCCUAAUAGAAAUAAUCUGACAAGAAUACACAAGCAAGUUCAUUGCACCUUUGUUCUAUAAUAAUUAAAAUUAGCCCAAAUGUCCCUAUCAGUAAGGGACUGGUUUAAAAGAUUAGUGUACCUUCAUGCAAUUUAUUUCUAUGUAUUCAUUAAGAGAAUGAGGAAUGUCUGGAUUAUUACGGCAAGACAUCCAAACGUUUAUGUAAAAAAAAAUUGUGCAAGCAUUUUUUGUAGAAUAACUUGAUGCUCUAAAAAAUAAUGGAGAAAUAACACCACAUUGUUAACAGUGGCUUUGUGAGGAAGUAGAAUUAUGGGAGAGCUUUCAUGUCUGCUUUAUAUAUUUCUAUAAUGUUUUAAUUUUCUAUAAGCAUGUAUUUUGUAAACUUAAAUAAAGAAAAAACAGUA